AUGGCAGGACCCAGGCCUGUAGUGCUGAGCGGGCCGUCUGGAGCGGGAAAGAGCACCCUGCUGAAGAAGCUUAUGAAGGAUUAUGAGGGAGUCUUCGGCUUCAGCGUAUCCCAUACCACAAGGAACCCUCGACCUGGAGAGGAAGAUGGCAAAGACUAUCACUUCACCACCCGCGAAAAGAUGCAGGAAGGCAUUGAUAACGGAGACUUCAUUGAGAAUGCUCAGUUCUCAGGAAACAUGUAUGGAACAUGCAAGUCUGCCAUCGAAGACGUACAGGCACAGAACCUCAUCUGUAUUCUGGACGUUGACAUACAAGGAGUGAAAAACAUCAAGCAGACUGACCUUAACCCAUACUACAUCUCCAUCCAGCCACCAUCCAUAGAGAUCCUGGAAAAGCGUCUGAGAGACAGACAAACGGAGACAGAGCAGAGCAUACAGGAUCGGCUGGCCGCUGCAAGAGCAGACACUGAGCUAAGUAAGGAACCUGGACUGUUUGACAUGGUCAUAGUCAAUGAUGACUUAGAGGAAGCCUACAGCAAGCUAAAAAGUGUUCUUAUGGAGGAGAUACAGAAGGUUCAGGAUUCCAAGAAAUAAAGUGGAGGCACCUGUUGACCUUGCCCCCAGUAUCCAGCACUGGGCAUACAUGCCUUCAAACUGGCCUUUGAUAUGCAAUCAAAAUGUUGGUUUGGAUGACCAAAGCAGGCUAUACUGCUUGCAUGUCUAAGUAGACUAACUGAAUUUGCCAGAAGAUUGUGUAUACCGAUUCUGAAUGGUGAUUGGCUUUUCAGUUACUGUACUCCCUGACCAAAUCCCCCAUUUCUUUUCUGCGGAGAAAUGUGUCCUGUGAGUGCUGUUCACUUGUUUUAAAUG